AUGGCGGCUGAGUGGGCUUCUCGUUUCUGGCUUUGGGCUGCGCUGCUUUUUUUUUUUGCCGCGGUCUACGAAGACCAAGUGGGCAAGUUUGAUUGGUUUCUGGUCUACCAGGUGUCAGAGGUCACCAAGCCGUCAACGGAAUGGGAGCUGAGACAGAUCCCGCUGCAGACUGCCCUAGUGAGCUUUGCCACCACUGGGGAGAAGACGGUGGCUGCAGUCAUGGCCUGUCGGAAUGAAGUGGACUCUCUGGCUUGCUUCAAUCAGACCUACACCAUUAACCUGUAUCUCGUGGAGUUUUUUUUUUGGCUGCUGGACACCACAAUUACAUUUAGCCUGGAACAGAGCGGCACUCGGCCUGAGCGGGUGUUCUUGAAGAAGGAUGACUCAGUGGGCUACCGGGCUUUGGUGCAGACGGAGGAUCAUCUGCUACUUUUCCUGCAGCAGUUGGCAGGGAAGGUGGUGCUGUGGAGUCGUGAGGAGUCCCUGGCAGAAGUGGUGUGCCUAGAGAUGGUGGACCUCCCCCUGACUGGGGCACAGGCCGAGCUGGAAGGAGAAUUUGGCAAAAAGGCAGCGAUUCAAGAUGGCUUGCUGGGGAUGUUCCUGAAACGCCUCUCGUCUCAGCUUAUCCUGCUGCAAGCAUGGACUUCCCACCUCUGGAAAAUGUUUUACGAUGCUCGGAAGCCCCGAAGUCAGAUUAAGAAUGAGAUCAACAUUGACACCCUGGCCAGAGAUGAAUUCAACCUCCAGAAGAUGAUGGUGAUGGUAACAGCCUCAGGCAAGCUUUUUGGCAUUGAGAGCAGCUCUGGCACCAUCCUGUGGAAACAGUAUCUACCCAACGUCAAGCCAGACUCCUCCUUUAAACUGAUGGUUCAGAGAACUACUGCUCAUUUCCCCCACCCCCCCCAGUGUACCCUGCUGGUGAAGGACAAGGAGUCGGGAAUGAGUUCUCUGUAUGUCUUCAAUCCCAUUUUUGGGAAGUGGAGUCAGGUGGCUCCCCCAGUGCUGAAGCGCCCCAUCUUGCAGUCCUUGCUUCUCCCAGUCAUGGAUCAAGACUACGCCAAGGUGUUGCUGUUGAUAGAUGAUGAAUACAAGGUCACAGCUUUUCCAGCCACUCGGAAUGUCUUGCGACAGCUACAUGAGCUUGCACCUUCGAUUUUCUUCUAUUUGGUGGAUGCGGAGCAGGGACAGCUAUGUGGAUAUCGGCUUCGAAAGGAUCUCACCACUGAGCUGAGUUGGGAGCUGACCAUUCCCCCGGAAGUACAGCGGAUCGUCAAGGUGAAGGGGAAACGCAGCAGUGAGCACGUUCAUUCCCAGGGCCGUGUGAUGGGGGACCGCAGUGUGCUCUACAAGAGCCUGAACCCCAACCUGCUGGCUGUGGUGACGGAGAGCACAGACACACAUCAUGAGCGCACCUUUAUUGGCAUCUUCCUCAUUGAUGGCGUCACUGGGCGUAUCAUCCACUCCUCUGUGCAGAAGAAAGCCAAGGGCCCUGUCCAUAUCGUGCAUUCAGAGAACUGGGUGGUGUACCAGUACUGGAACACCAAGGCUCGGCGCAAUGAGUUUACCGUACUGGAGCUCUAUGAGGGCACUGAGCAAUACAACGCCACUGCCUUCAGCUCCCUGGACCGCCCCCAGCUGCCCCAGGUCCUCCAGCAGUCCUAUAUCUUCCCAUCCUCCAUCAGUGCCAUGGAGGCCACCAUCACCGAGCGGGGCAUCACCAGCCGACACCUGCUGAUUGGACUACCUUCUGGAGCAAUUCUUUCCCUUCCUAAGGCUUUGCUGGAUCCCCGCCGCCCCGAGAUCCCAACAGAACAAAGCAGAGAGGAGAACCUAAUCCCGUAUUCUCCAGAUGUACAGAUACAUGCAGAGCGAUUCAUCAACUAUAACCAGACAGUUUCUCGAAUGCGAGGUAUCUACACAGCUCCCUCGGGCCUGGAGUCCACUUGUUUGGUUGUGGCCUAUGGUUUGGACAUUUACCAAACUCGAGUCUACCCAUCUAAGCAGUUUGACGUUCUGAAGGAUGACUAUGACUACGUGUUAAUCAGCAGCGUCCUCUUUGGCCUGGUUUUUGCCACCAUGAUCACUAAGAGACUAGCACAGGUGAAGCUCCUGAAUCGGGCCUGGCGAUAAAGACCAAAGACUGUGCCUAAAAGUGGAAGCCAGGGGAGUGUGGGUCAGAAAAGCAGCUACAGCUGCAGUUUGGUGGAUUGGUGGAGUGUGUGUGUGUGUGUGUGUGUCAGUGUGUCAGUGCUCAGCUCAGUUAAGAGCUGCAGGGAAGAAGAUGGAUGACCUCCACGUAGAACUCCUUUUGGGAUACACAUGCUGCAGAAUCCUGCAUGGAGAGAGAACUCACUCUCAGCUGAGAAUCUCAGAGAAUCCUGAUGGGCUUUCCCUUGAAGUCCAAAGGCCUCUGCAUUGUUUCCUUUCUUUGCCCAUCCAUGAAUUGUAUUUUUUUUUUUUUAAUAAGAAUUCCAGCUGAUUGUUGUGAGGCCUGUUUAAAUUUUUACUCUGCCUUUUGUGUUUCGCAGUUUUAUCUAGAAAUCUUUCUGACUUUUUCCAUCUCUUGCUUCAAAGUAAGAGGGGAACUCUCCUUCCCGACUCCACCUUACAGGUGCAUUUGUUGUUGUGCACUGGGAAGAAAUAGGAUCCAUCCUUAGCUGGGGCUCGAGGACUGAUCCAGCCUCUCAUGGCUUCCCUCCAAAGUAACUUAGGGUUGAGGGAUCUAUAUGUGAUGUCAAAACUUACGUUAAACCUCAGUUUCAUGCUGUCAUUCAUUAGGCUGGGCCACCAAAUGUUUGUUUCAAUUUAUCAGAAGCCAAGUCAUUAGCGUCUUGUUUGUUGCCCAUUGCCUACACUUUUCACCUGAGAUGUGUGAGUUGGGGCCUUUUAAAAACUACUGAAUUGUCUGAGCCUCGAAGACAUUUCCAGGGAGAAGAGAUAAUCUCUCAUUUCACUCACAGGCUGGUCUAAUCAUAACCUAUUUAAAGAUGUCCUUGUUUAAGAACCCCAUUAUUUAUUUUUAGUUUUUAAUAUAAAUUAACAUGUGGGGCAUCGUAUUUCUCUUUAAAUGAGGAAAUUUUAAGUCUUAUUGAUCUUAAAUAAGACUAAAAUAAGUCUUAUUUAAACCUCUGAAGCUUUAAAAAAGAGGAAAAAAAGGGUGGGGGUGGGAAACUGGCAUACUGUUUAUAGCACUGCCGAUUGGCUAAGCCACUGUGUCUCUGCUACAAAUUAAAGAAAUCCUAAAAGUUUUCCUUGGUCAUAGAGUUGGGGAAUGACAGAAUUUUUCUUUACUGUGAAAUGUAUGUACAGAGUAGACCACCUCUAGCCCUGUGGCGAAAGGUACACUCGAAUGUCUGAAUAAAGCAAGUGACCAAUGA